AGCCAUUGACAUUGACCCAACUAUUAUAAUCACAAUGAUUUAUGGUUUUCUUAAAGGUGCCGCUAGAUCUCAAUCUGGAGGUCGAUCAAUUCCCUGUUUGACAUAUACAAACCUCCGAGCGAAUCAUGCUUGGCCCUGAACAAAUCAUGGAAGUGAAAAGCAGUGCCAGACCACUCGACAAACCGAAGAGCUUGAGCCCCUCAAUAACCCUACUCCUCAUAGGCCUCUUUUCGCUAUCUCUCAUUCUCAUCCUAUUUCAUGGCUUUUCUUCACUCUCCAUCUCUUCUGCUUCACGGGAUGUCCAGAAAUGGAGAAGUGAACUUGGUGCCAACAACAAUGAUGCUCGUGAUGAUCUUAACUCGAAGCUGCGAGACUCGGUUACUUUCCUUCCUCUCAAAGACCUGAGGUUCACUAAAACUGCAAUGGAGGGCAACACUUGGUUUAUGAGCUCUUUCGACGACACAUACGAGGAAAAUGAAUCCCAAUACCUCUAUUUCCCUUCACAAGCGUCAAAGGGAAGACUUCUAUGCAUCAAAGGUCAUGACCAAAAAGAUGGCACCAAGAACUCAUAUGCCUUGGCAUGGCCUCAAAGUCUACCAAACUCCACCACAGUCUUGAAGGGCCUCACCUUUGUGUCUGACACAUACUAUGAUUAUGUAAACUUGUGGCAUGGACUCUCUGCAAUGGUCCCUUUUGUGGGUUGGUCCAUGAAGAACAGGUGUUUGAAGCCAACGAGAUGGGUGUUGUUCCAUUGGGGAGAGCUGAGAGACAAAAUGGGGUUGUGGCUUCAGAACCUAAUGGAAGCAAACUUAGGGAAAGUGCUGAUUGAAGAAAUGGGAAAAGGAGAAGGGCCUUAUUGUUUUGAGAAGGCUGUUGUGAUGAGACAUAAUGUUGGGAAAAUGGGCAAAGAGAAGAAGCGUCUAGUGUCUGACUUAUUGAGAUGUAAAGCAAGAGUGUUUUGUGGCAUAAAUCCUUCAGGCAGAGGGAAAGAGGUUGGUGUGAGUGGGGAGCCAAUUAUAAGGCUAACUUUGCUAAUGAGGAGAGGUUCAAGAUCAUUCAAGGAUCCAACGGCUGUGAUUACUAUAUUUGCAAGGGAGUGUGCAUUGGUGGAUGGGUGCUUGUUAGAGGUUGUUCAGUCUGAAGACCAAAGUUUCUGUGAUCAGGUUAGGGUAAUGACCGACACAGAUGUUCUUGCAUCCCCACAUGGAGCUCAGCUAACAAACAUGCUAUUCAUGGAUAGAAACAGUAGCAUAAUGGAAUUCUUCCCUAAAGGAUGGUUGGAGCUUGCCGGGGUCGGCCAGUAUGCUCAUCACUGGAUGGCAGAUCAAUCCGGUAUGAAGCACCAAGGUGCAUGGUGGGAUCCUAAUGCUGAAGAGGAAUGUCCUGACCCUAAACAACAACUAGAAUGCUUUAACUUCUACAAAGAUGGCAAGGUCGGUCACAACGAAACCUACUUUGCAGGGUGGGCUAGAACUGUUCUCAACCAAGUUCGGAUAAGUAAGCAGCAAGCCAUGCAGAGUUCACAGAGAUAUUCAAAUGCUUGCCAAUGCUAGCUAUCUAAUCUUCAUUCAUACUUUGUAAUCUAUAGCAACAUAUGAAAAAUAAUGACAUUUCUUUCUCCAUGCAGAAAGAAAAAAACAAAUGAAAUGUGUAAAGGGAAAAGCAAGAGCAAAGAUUUCAUAUCUA